AUGUCGAUGGCGGCCUUCUUUCUAUUCGUGUCCUUCUACGACUUGCUGGUGGUAUUUCGGAACGAUCUGUUCGGGUACGAGUUGAACUUUCUCUACCAGGUGAGCUGCAUCCUAUGGACUCCGCCCGGAUUGACUGCCUCGCAAAACAUGUUCUUCUCGCUGAUCGUCAACAUCUGCGUUCAGUACGAUCUGCUGCUGAUCCAGUUAGCCGAUCUGGAUGAGCUGAUUCGCAACAAGGCCAGCGAUAGAAUAAUACGCCAAAAGCUUCGGCACAUCAUCUGCCGCCAACAACACCUCGAACGAUUCAUUAACGGGAUCGAACGUGUCUUUUCCAACAUGGCUUUCGUGGAAGUGUUUUUCCUGACGCUACAGAUCGUGCUGAUGUUAUUUGUAAUGCGUUCGAACUUCUGGCCGCCAGGAGUGCUGCUGCUACCGGUCUGUAUUUUGCAACUGUUCGUUCUCUGUUUGCCCGGCACGCUGAUCGAGAUGAAAGCGGAUCAAUUGACGGCCACGAUCUACAGUAUCGAAUGGUACGAAAUGUCUGUGUCCAACAAGCGCAUGUUCCAAAUGCUCCUUCAGCAUAGCCAGCAUCCACUUAUUCUUACAUGCGCCGGACUGAUGACCAUCGACAUGAAGCUUUUCAUGAGCGUGGUCAAGAAAGUGUAUUCUCUCUUCAUGAUGCUAGAGAACAUGUAA